CGGAGUUACUAGAUCGAGUAGGAUAGUCGGGCGGAGCAGAGGCACGCUGGACUCGACCGCGACAACAUAUAUCCGAUAACAAUGGCCGACCCGACCCUACAAACGUUUUGCUGUCAUCACACAAAUCGAACGGACAGGGCGAUAGCGAUAAUGGAGGAAUUCAAUACGGACGCGUACAACACGGUGUGCAUGCUCUCGUCGGCGAUGGGCAUGAUAGGCGCGAUUUACCAGAUACUACCCCGAGAGGAUUCGAAUAGUUCCUAUCGUUGGAGGAGAUUCUUCAGAGGACGAGAUAUUAUUGUAUGGCUCGCUGUUGCCGAUCUCUUAGCGUCCUUAGGUGUAUUCGUGAGAUCGGCGCUAUGGAGGAAUUUCAAGUCCAUCAUGCCGAUGGAGGGCGACAUGUCGAACGUGGUGUUCUGCGCCGUGUUGUCGGCGUGGAUUCAGUACUUCUACAUGGCCACGUGGAUAUGGACGUUGUGCUACGCGGUGGACAUGAAGCUGCUGCUGGGCGACAAAAACGGGUGUCCCAAGUGCUAUCACAUCUUGGCCUGGGUGCUUCCCGCCUUCCUCACGUCGUUCGGGCUGAUCACUCUCUACAUUCCCGAUGCAAACUGCCACAACCUGACGUCGUUGUCGAGUGCGAUAUUGCGCAUCCUUCCGAACUACUUCGCCACUUACGUGCUGCUGACGGUGGUAAUGAUCGCGAAUCCCAUUCUGUACGUCGCGUCGACUCGGGACCUCGAGACGGUGGUUCUGCACAGCAUGGCGCAGAUGACCAGCCGGGAGCGGAGGUUGAUACAGACGAUCAGGCUGAAAUUCGCGCUCAUCAAUCUGGUCUACUACGUGUGCUGGACGCCCAAUCUAAUUAACGGGAUACUACUGUGGACCCUGUGGUUUAAGCUGCCGAUCCGGGCGAUCAUCACUUUGUGGUACAUAAUGGCUGUGACGAAUCCCCUCCAAGCGUUCUUUAACGCGAUCGUCUAUCAAUCGUGGACCAGACGGGAGAAAUUACGUUUUGAGUGUUGCCAAGAUUUCAAGUCGAGCAUAAAUAUGAAUCUGAAUGCCAAGAUAGACACCGACGUGCACGUUUCCGAAUCGUCUCCGUUGCUGAAUCCACGAACGGGAUACAAGCAGAAAAUACCGCACAUCAGUAUAAACGGAUCUUCGUCCCUGUAAGAAUCUAUGAUAUUUUACUGCCAGACUGUCGAGAAAGUGUAAAUAGUAUCAUGCCAUAUCGUAGUGUUAAAGAAAGAUUUAAUAUAUGAAGUCAGUUCUUACAUAUUAUAAAAUCAGACUCGCACAUUUCCGCUUAGGCGCGAUUUUUUUGCAAGAUUUCUCAGAGAACGUCUCGACAUGAAUAAAGCAAUAUUUUAUUAAAAAGUUUUUCGAAAAGAUCUUGCGAUAACAGAAAUAUUGUAUAAAAUAGAAUCUUUUAAUAUAUUACACAGAGAAAUUGUAUUAAAAUAGUUUUUAUACAUUAUACAUUCACGAUAAUAAACACAAAGUCGAUAGACGUAAUUUGUUAAUAUUAAGACAUAUAGAGUUGUAGAGAAUCGGUAUUUUCAAUUGUAAUAACGAAAAGGAUAUGAAACGAAAAGGAAUCGCAUUAUGCAGAAGUUUUUUAAACAGAAGAUUUACAUAAACGAACUACUUAAUUACUUUUAAAAGAUAAGGUGCCUUUUUAAAAGAUAAAUAUUCUUUUUUAUAAUAUGCGUUGUAUAAUGGUC